AUAACCCUCCAAGCUCAGACCACUCCUCUGAACUCACUGACACCCCUUUUUGAAGGAGACCAUGUUUGUGUUUUGCCAGGUGUGCUGUGAACCAUUCCAUCUUUUCUGCUUGGAGGAGGUAGAGCGCCCCCAACAAGAGCAACUGAAAAAUUGGUGCUGUCGCCUCUGCCAGACCUGCAGCCUUUGUCAUCGCCAGCAAUUGAGUCCCAGACCACUACUGGAGUGUGUGAAGUGCCAUGAUCACUAUCACCCCGAGUGCCUGGAGCCUCACCAUCCUACCAGGCCCAACAAGACAAAAAUAUGGGUCUGCCCCAGGUGUGUGCACUGUGGCAGGUGUGGAUACAGCACGCCGGGACCAAGUGGGGAGGCUUGCUGGUCACUUGAUUACUCCAUGUGUCAGCAGUGUGUCAAAGAGUCUUUCAAAGAUGAAUGCUGCCUGCUUUGUGAGAAACGAUGUGAUGAAGACUGCAAUGAUGGUGUCUUUGAGAGUAAGAUGAUCCAGUGUGGGAGGUGUGGCCAUCAGGUGCAUGCCAAGUGUGAGAACCUUUCAGAUGAGAUGUACGAGAUUCUUUGCAGCCAUUUUGAGGGAAUUGCCUACACCUGCAUUAGAUGUGCUGUGUCUAAUCCAGUGGACUGGAGGAGCUCAUUGCAAAGUGCAUUGCAAAGCUCUGUACAACGAGUCCUCAGUGCAUUACUUGACUCCCCUACCUCUCGACACCUGUUGUACCACGACCAGUCAGUGAUGAAAACUGCAGAUCUGAACUUGGAGCCAGAGGAAAGCCUGCCUGCAAGUUGUUCUGCUGAAGGACCAGGGCCACCAGUCCUGGCAGAAUCUCUGGCUGUGCCUCUUGAUCUCAUGUCAGUGAAGAGGAAGAUGAAAAUUGGACAGUACAGUUCUGUGAUGGAAUUCAGCGAUGAUGUUGUGAGGAUCAUCCAGGCAGCCAUGAGAGCUAAUGGAGGAGACCCUGAGAAGAUGAAAGCCGACUAUCUGGUUAAGUCAUUCUUCAUUAAGCUAAUGGAUCGAGCAUUUCCUUGGUUCAAGGUGAAAGAGUCCAAAUUCUGGGAAGUGAAAAAAGUGUCUUCCAGCUGUGGACUAGCCCCUAGUGCCAUGCUGCCUCGUUUGGACCACAGCUAUGCACAGCAAUGGGAACGUAACAGGAUCACCCCAGUUGAGGAAGUUGUUGGUGCUCCUCAGACUAGUGUCUGUCACACUGAGGACACAGAAGUCCUCACGCAGUCUGACAGGAGUGAUAACCGACAGUGCGUGCUGUGUCUGCUGUACGGCGAUGUUGAUGCUAAUGAGGGUGGGAGGCUGCUAUACAUUGGCUGGUACGAGUGGGCCCAUGUGAACUGUGUCCUUUGGUCCACUGAGGUAUUUGAGGAUGAAGAGGGUGUCCUGAAGAACGUGCAUAUGGCUGUGGUCAGGGGGAAGCAGGAGCGCUGUGAACUUUGCCAGAGGCCUGGUGCCACUGUGGGCUGCUGCGUAGCCUCCUGUUCCAGCAACUUCCACUUCAUGUGCGCCCGUCACCAGCAGUGUGCAUUCCUAGAGGACAGGCAGGUAUACUGCCAGCAUCACAGCAGCCUUGUGAAGGGGGAGAAUGUGUCAGAAUCUGAGUUUGAGGUGAUGCGGCGGAUCUUGGUAGAUCCAGAAGGUAUCAGCCUGAGGUCGAAUUAUCGCUGUGGUCUGAAGUCUGAGGACAUCCGGGUUCCAUGA